AAAAAAAUACAAUAAAAUAACAUAAACAAAAAAAAGAAAAAAAUUGAAAACACCAAAACAAACACAAAGUAGGCAUGAACAAAUGCAAUAUGAUUGCAACUUUUUUCGAGCACACACGUUGUUAGCGUUUUUGCUAAAUAAAUAGUAGAUAUUUGGAGAUGGAUAGCUCAUGCUCUUUCUCUCUUCCUUGUAUUAUUCUCUACAUUUCAAACUCUCUCUUUCACUCUCUCUCUCUCUCUCUCUCUCUCUCUCUCUCUCUCUGUGUUUCACUCUCUCUGUCUUUCUAUGAGUUUCUGCUUGAAAAGCUAGUGAUCUAGUUUGGUCCUAGUUUUUGGUGAUCCUGAUGGCUCAGACAAGUGGGUCAUCGGACGGUGGUGAUGGUAGUGCUUCAGGAGUGGUUUCAGGUGGGCUUGAAGUAGCAGAUCGUGGAAUCGGUGAAGGUGAUCGGACUGUUAAAUUGGAGGUUUCUAAGCCUCAUACUCAGCUCCAGUUGCCUACCACCAACUGUGACGGAGGUGACCAAACUGAGCAGAAAUUGACAAGCACAGAGAGUAGGCAAGCUUCAAUUGCAAUGGGAGAGUACAAUGGUGUUCAAUAUGUGUCGGUUGACGAUGUUCAUUCCCCAAGGGGAGAUAAUCUCAGAAAAGUCUCUGUUCUCCCUCUCGUCUUCCUCAUCUUCUAUGAGGUAUCUGGAGGGCCAUUUGGAGUUGAGGAUAGUGUAAAUGCAGCAGGUCCCCUUCUAGCUCUUCUUGGGUUUUUGGUCUUUCCGUUGAUAUGGAGUGUUCCAGAAGCAUUAAUUACGGCCGAGAUGGGAACCAUGUUCCCUGAGAAUGGAGGUUAUGUGGUUUGGGUUUCGUCUGCGUUGGGGCCUUUUUGGGGAUUUCAGCAGGGUUGGAUGAAAUGGCUGAGUGGGGUUAUCGAUAAUGCUUUGUAUCCUGUUCUGUUUCUGGACUAUUUGAAGUCUGGAAUCCCAGCUUUAGCUGAUGGUUUUCCAAGAACUAUGGCAGUGUUAGCUUUGACGGCUUUUCUUACUUACAUGAACUAUAGAGGGUUAACGAUUGUGGGAUGGACUGCUGUUCUUUUGGGUAUUUUUUCGAUCCUUCCUUUUGUGGUUAUGGGGUUUGUGGCAAUUCCGAAGUACAAGGCUGCUAGAUGGUUAGUGGUAGAUCUACACAAUGUGGACUGGAAUCUGUAUUUAAACACGCUGUUUUGGAAUCUGAACUAUUGGGACUCCAUUAGUACACUUGCAGGAGAGGUAGAAAAUCCAAAGAGAACUCUACCGAAGGCUUUGUUAUAUGCUGUGAUCUUGGUAGUUCUUGGGUACUUUUUCCCUCUCUUAAUAGGCACUGGGGCUGUUCCACUCCAUCGUGACUCGUGGACUGAUGGGUAUUUCUCGGAUAUUGCUAAAAUCGUAGGGGGAGUUUGGUUGAGAUGGUGGAUCCAAGCAGCUGCAGCAAUGUCCAAUAUGGGAAUGUUUGUGGCUGAAAUGAGCAGUGACUCUUUCCAACUUCUUGGGAUGGCAGAACGUGGGAUGCUGCCUGAGUUAUUUGCAAAGAGGUCACGUUAUGGAACCCCACUGAUUGGCAUCCUGUUCUCAGCGUCUGGCGUUGUUCUCCUGUCUUGGCUGAGCUUUCAAGAAAUUGUAGCUGCAGAAAACUUCUUGUACUGUUUUGGAAUGUUUUUGGAGUUUAUAGCAUUUAUACAAUUGAGGAUAAAACGCCCAGCUGCAUCUCGGCCUUACAAGAUACCUAUUGGAACAGUUGGAGCCAUUCUUAUGUGUAUCCCUCCAACCAUUUUGAUUUGUGUUGUCUUGGCUCUUUCUUCACUCAAAGUCAUGGUGGUAAGCAUUAUUGCCAUAAUUAUCGGCUUUGUGAUGCAUCCCUGUCUCAAAUAUGUUGAGAAAAAACAAUGGCUCAAGUUCUCAAUCAGUACUCACCUUUCUGAUCUUCACAGCGCAAAUCAGGAGAGUGCUCACUCACUGGUCAAUUAGGAAGACCUUAAACUAUGAAUAAGCAAGAUAUCGACUGUAGUUUUUGUUCUCUUGCCAUUGUAGAAAUCUACGGGUGAUCAAGCUGUUUUUCAUGGUUAAUUUGUAUGCUAUGAUCUUCCCUGAAAGCAUUGCUGUUUAUCAUCUUUGUUUUAAGUGUGAUGGUAAAUCUAGAUGUUUUGUUCAGUGUUUGGAGAUUAGCACCCUUGUAUGCAUAAAUUUAAUUUGCGAUCUUCAUUUCAGAUGGUCAUAAUGUUGUGAUUUUCAUGAUUAUGUAUAUCAGAGUUUCAUAAUUUAAAAGAACUUUGCAUUUGUGGUAA